CAACAUCACUCUCGCCCUUUGCUCUCCAACAACUUGCUGCUCCUAAGCAAUUAAUAAUUAAACCACCACCAUCAUUAUCAUAAAAAUGUCCUCCUCUGUUGCUACUGGUAAUAAUGAAAACUUUGACCUUGAAUUGGGUAGAGUUGUACAAGAGGAAACAUCAAUUGAUGUUCCUCUGAAUGAUAUGAAUAAUUCCGUUCAACCAUUUGAUGAAAAUCCAAUUAAUUUACCAAAAUUUAAAACAUCUAUCAUCGGAACUGAAACUAGACAAGAAGAUCCUGAACAUCAAAGUCUAAUUCAUGAUAAUAGAUUUACCGUCUAUGAAAUUAAGGCUACCAAUGAAAAUGAUUCUCAAACACAUUAUGUAUUUAGAAGAUUUUCUGAAUUUGUUAAAUUGGUAAAUCAUCUUGCUGAAAAGUAUGCUGAUAAAGCCUCUGAUUGUGAACAAUUACAUUCCUUCCUACCAAAACAGCCAUGGUUCUGGACUAACAAAUUUGCAAAGGAAGUUAUUGAUGAUAGAACUGAAAAAUUAACAAAUCUAUUGGAUUUCAUUUCCUCUCAUGAAAUUUUUAGAAAUGAUGAACAAUAUUUUGAAUUUUUACAAUGUGAUAUGAAAAUGUUGGAAAAAGCAUUAAGUUAUUAUAGAAAUAGAUUAUAUCACUUCCAACAAUCUAGAAAAGAUUUGAAAAAUAAGGAUGAAUAUGAACGUAGUCAAGAAAUGGUUCGUCAAUUAACAAGAAAGCGAAGUGAAAGUCUUUCAAAGAAACAUUAACUGUAAUGGACUUCUUUUAUGUAAAUCAAUCUCUAUAAAAUUCGAAUGUAAAUAAUAAAUACCAAUAAUAGCACGAUCUUUUUAAAAU